CCGUCUGUAUUAGCAUGUGUUCAGUAUUCCGACCGGGUUAUCGCUGUGCAUUCAAUGGUGGUGGAAAAACGGACCUUUCUUCUUCUUACAAGCCCAGAUUGGAGGCUGAAAUGGUGGAACUGUGUGGAUCUAACUGCGUGGGACGGACUGUAGUAUCCAGAGCGGGGCUAGUGGCGGGUAGGUGCCGAGUUUUCCUGUAGUUCUCCCCCCGUGCUGUCUGAGCGAACUCCGGCCUGCCAGACCGUACCCUUCCGGUAGCGCCAUGGGCACCGUUCUCUCCCUCUCCCCGCAGCGAACACGCCGGGACUGCGGUAUCAUCCACGACGACGGCACCGUCAGUGUUUCCCACUUCAACGCGCUGAACUCUGCGAAAUGUACGCAAAAGGAGCCCAAAUCCUCCAAGAAACACCCCAUUUUCAUCUCGGCGCUCAGCUGGAAGAAAUUCGUGGUGAGCACGAAGAAGAAGGUAGGGAUAGGCGGCAACAAUGUCGGCACUUCUGUUCCAAACGGCAGCGGCUCUCGGCUAAAACUCAACCUGUCCACCAUCAACUCUUCCGUCCCGGGAAGCCACAACCUGCGCGAUCCCACCGUCAAGAAAUCCUUCUCCUGCUUCAAUCUGAACUCUUCUCUACAGCAGAACCCUUCCGCGCGCGCUCUGAACAACAACACGAUCAAGAAGUCCACCUCCUGCCAUCUCAGCCCCAAGAAGAUCGUUCUGCAGGCCUCCACUUCGGAGCUGCUCAAGUGUCUGGGCGAGUUUUUAAGAAAACGGUGCCCGAAGCUUCGCGACUUCGAGCCCAGCGAUGCGGUGAUGUGGCUGCGGGCGGUGGACCGGAGUCUGCUGCUACAAGGCUGGCAGGACCAAGCCUUCGUGUCGCCCGCUAACGUUGUGUUUGUGUACCUGCUCUGCAGAGAGCUCGUCACAGAAGACAUCGGGACCGAGCACGAACUGCAGGCCGUGGUUCUAACGUGUCUGUAUCUGUCGUAUUCUUACAUGGGCAAUGAGAUCUCCUACCCGCUUAAACCCUUCCUAGUGGAGGAAAACAAGGACAAAUUCUGGGACCGGUGCUUGAAGAUUAUCAACGAGAUGUCGGCCAAGAUGCUCAAGAUCAACUCCGACCCGAACUACUUCACGGACAUCUUCUGCGAGCUGAAAACCAUGGGCGCUAAAGGCGCGUAGGUAGGACUUCUUAAGACACGCACCUGUCCGUCUGCAAGGAGGGGACAUACUUAAGACUCCAUAUUGUAAAUUUCUCUAAGCUAAGUCCGUCCGAACCAGCCAUAUAUGCCGACGUGAAUAUGACAUCGUAGGGUAAAAAUUUCCUGAUAUCAUUCCAGAGUGCGUCGUCAGAGCAGAUGUAAUAACAACACCGCAGUCAGAGCGAACAGAUGUACAAAGGCGCCAUUGUUUGCUGGGGAUUUAAAGGGGCAAGAAAUUCAGACCGGAUAUUCCUGGGAACCCCCCAUGAGACCCCCUGCGCUCCAACAUCUGUCUCCUAUCACUAAAAACCCCCAUGCCAGCCCUUGAAGUGUACAUAGUCUGAACUUGGGCUGAAAUUUCCCUUUAGAGACAGCCACGCAUAGAGGGCCACUCUGCUGUAUUUAGAUAAAAUAUUCAGUUCGGGGAGCUGAGAAAAAAACUGGUUUAGUAGAGAAUUACUUCUUGAAAUUAGAUGGAGAUGGAAAAAUGCAGUGUAUAAAUAAGAUUAGAUAUAACCGAUAUCCCUCCAUCUUUCCAGAUAUGAAAUUAUGGCAUAUGUAAACAGAAUCGGUAGGAAUUUUAAUAGCCACGCCAUACCAAUACAUAAUGCAGGUGCAGUCUAUUGGGUCACGUGACGCCGCAUUCAGUCAUCAUUUAUUCAUGAAUCCAUUCUUCCAUCUGUAUCACCAAUAUUUUUACAGCUUGCCCAGAAUUUUUCCAUCCAUCCGGAGAAAUUUGUUCCACCAAAAGCAUGAUUCCUUGUUGAAGAAACAUGACUGCUUUUAUCGCGUGUUUUGUGUGGGUGUGGGUAAGUGGAAAGCAGGGGCCGCCGGUUAUUCAAAGCUAUCAGGCUAAAAGGAUGUGCGUAAAGUGAUGGUGAUUCGGGCGACACGACUUGAAUUAUUUAUAAGUCUCCUUCUGGAUAACAAAAAUGGCCGCCCUGCACCCGGCUUUGUGUCCCAUCUGCCUCUGAUCCAGAUUGGGUACAUGCAUGAAGGUCGUUAAGAUACACCGCAAGGUCGUUGGUAGAAAUAAGCUGAUAAGAUUUCCCGUAUGUAAAUCGGACGGACACGCAGGUAGCUAUCGGAUAAAGCGGCUAGCGGGGCGCUGCGCAGAAUUCCAAUCAUGGUGCACCCUGGGUGACAUAAAACUCAUCAUUGCGUAAUGGCAGCCGCCGCCCAAAUAAGGAAGAUGUAGAUGACAGGACUCGGACUUGUGCAAUAUGCAUCUGUUCAGGGCCACUUUUUGUACCAUCACGACUUUUGUUGCGAGUUUCUGUGCAAUAUUCUAUCGUUUUGAGUUGAGAAAACUUAUUAUAGAGAUUCCAAAAGCCAUUUUGUACCACGCAAACUCUUAUUUAUUCAUCCAGUCUCGGUGCUGAGCUUUAUUUGAUAUGCAGUCAUUUUUUAUGGUUUGAACUUGAGACCUAUGGGGACCUGGUGUUACCUAUGGGGUCAUGACUGAGGGAUGAUAUGUACAUAUAUGAGGGACUAUGACCAGUGAAAACUAUGUGCAACGACUAGUGUUCUAUUAUUGAUAUUUCAUGUAACAUGGUCAAGUCUUCUCAGGUAGUGGACAGUAGAAUAUGAUAGAAACAGACGCCGUUGAUAAAUUGAUGUUUUUGUCAUCACAGUUAUCAAAGUAACGUUAGAUACAAUGUGUUAUGAACAAACUUAAGCCACUAUGAAAUACUUGUUUGCAUCGAUGUUCCUGUGUAUGUUUAAUAUGUGCUGCAUGUUAUUUAUUGAAACGAAAAAAAAACUUAUUAUAAUAACUUAUGUGUCGAUGUGACAAUCAUAUGAAGUUGUUGCAUAUUCCUUCUGUUGAAUUAUUUUUGUACAUAAAAACUAGGCUGUGUUGUUGAAUGGAUGAUGUUACGGACAUGUUGAUAUUGGGCAGAACUUCAGUUCUUCAGUACAAAAGUGCAAAACAAGUUAUGGAUGUAAUAAACCUGCAAGACAAUGA